ACCACCACAGAAAGUGUCAGGAAACAGCAGCGCUUCCCUGGAAGCAAAGAGCUUUUGAGUUGUAAGAGUUCCAGAGAGAGUCCAUUUAAGAUUCUUCUUGAUCUUGUAAUUUCUGCCUUUUUUGUACAGUGUAUAUAUAUAUAUGUGUGUGUGUAUACUGUGUAUGAAAAAACAAACUUUGCAGUGUCUUUGUAUGCUCAGCAAUGUGGUAUUUGGUCAUAGUUCUUAUCUUCACAGUAUAUGGUACCUAUGGCUGUGUGAUAACAAGUCCAGACCAGAAGGUUAAUGAUGGUACAGAUGUGUAUUUGUCGUGUAAUUUCCUUCAAUGUCCUGGACAUCUGGAUGUCAUGUCUCUCAGUGUGGAGUGGGAAUUCCAGAAUAUCUCUCAGACAGAAAUAAUCCUGUACUACAUCAGCAAUCAAAUUGUAUCAACAUUUCCUGGUGUAGUUUUUCGCGGAGAUGUCAAAAUGGGGAGUUUUGAUAUACACCUCCCAUCCGUGACCCGUGAGAACAAUGGAACUUACUUGUGUAGAUUGCGUCUCAGUGGCAGGUUCUUCAAGAAUUAUACACACCUUAUUGUCCAAUCAGCACAGAGCAGGAGAAACAGUCCAGGUGUGAUUCAUCCACAGGCUCAUCCUCUCUGGUGGCUGGCCCUGGUGUCAGUGGCUGGGUUUGUGUUACUAAUUGGUAGUGUGUUUUUUGGAAGGAGGGCUUGCAGAUCAAUCCAGAAAGGUGACGACUCAAAGCAAAAUAUGGAAGAGGUUAAAACCAGAACUGCCUCUGAAGACACGGGAAUCACAUACAAAGUGGGAUUCAGCUCUAUGCCUGUUCUGCCAGAAGUCAGCAGUCCUCCCAACAGUCCAGACAACAUCUAUAUUACCAUGCACAGUUUCCCAUUCACACCAGACGCUCCUGUCACAGCUGGACACAACAGACGUCUUCCCCCUGAUUGGCAGCCAGAGGAUGAGGAACCUGUAUAUACCCAAUGCCACUAAGAUACAUGAGUCACAAACAGAAUAAUUAAUUAUUUAAAUGGAUGAGCAUAAAAGCAAUUUGUAUUGUCACAUAGUAAAAUGUGCUUGAGGCGUUAGUCCCCAUCAUUCUGUUUUAGGUGAAGGUACACUGUUGCAUUAAAAAAGAACAUUGUUUUGGUUGUGCUUUGGCUCUGCGUGACCAACAGGUCUAAAAUAUAAACACUUAGAUAUAAUAUAGGCUUACCAUAGUGAAUCGGGGUAAGACAAAAACAUGUAUUGGAAGAAGGAUUUGUGAUGUAUUGACUCAAAUGUAGGCUACACAGUGUACCUUUAAAAUAUGCGUGUCAAUAAUUGGUUUACUUUGUAACAUUGCCCAGCUGACUGUACAUUAUCCCUCAUAAUAAAUCUGUAUUCAUCUGUCUGAAA